GUAGUUUCAGCUAACCUACAUACAUAACAGUGUCAUUAUCACAGCCUGAUCAACCGGAAAGACGACGCAAAUGGGCUCUCUUGCAUCCAUCCUUGAACCAAGACCCCCUCCUCUCUAAAAAUUAAUAGACUUUUCCCCAGUAUAGGUAUUGUUAUGAAGGUUUCUGCGGCAAAAGAUACUCACCUCUAGCAGACAUGCCCGGGUCAUUAUAUGAAACCUCCAAUCUGGAUCGAGGCGGUAACAACAGGAAGAAGAAAAUAGAGGAAUUCUCUAGGUCUUCUCGGGAGAAACUUGUCCAGUCGAAGAACAAAAUGUUCUCCAAAUUUACGUCAAUUCUUCAGCACGCUGUGGAAGCGCUUGCCCCAUCGUUGCCCUUGCAGGAGGACUUUGUCUAUCACUGGAAGGCCAUUACACAUUAUUACAUUGAGACUUCUGAUGACAAAGCUCCAGUCACGGACACCAAUAUCCCAUCCCACCUGGAACAGAUGCUGGACAUCCUGACCCAAGAGGAAGAGGAAAGAGAGUCUGGAGAGACCGGACCCUGCAUGGAGUAUCUCCUACAUCAUAAGAUCCUGGAGACUCUCUACACCUUGGGCAAGGCAGAUUGUCCUCCAGGGAUGAAGCAGCAGGUUCUUACCUUCUACACAAAGCUGCUAGCACACAUUCGUCAACCUCUCCUGCCACACAUCAAUGUCCACAGACCUGUACAGAAACUCAUCCGUCUGUGUGGGGAGGUAUUGGCUGCUCCCACAGAAAAUGAAGAGAUUCAGUUCCUUUGUAUAGUCUGUUCCAAACUGAAGCAGGACCCAUACCUUGUUGACUUCUUCCUUGAGAACAAGUCUAAGAGACCUGAUACAAAGACUUCUGGAGGGACGGAGGUGGUGAAGGACAAUGUGUUGGCUCCAGACACUGGUCAGCCUUGGGCAGAGGAACAGGCUGAGCACCCAGAGCAGCCUCAGGCUGCAGCUGCUGCCUCGACCUCUUCAAGCAGUAACCAUAAUAACGGCAACAAUUACAAUCUUGUCACAUCACUGCUUAACCUCACAAAGAGCCCUGAUGGCAGGAUAGUGGUGAAGGCCUGUGAGGGCCUGAUGCUGCUGGUCAGUUUACCCGAGCCUGCGGCUGCUAAGUGUUUAACUGAAAACACUGAGCUCUGUGAGCUCCUGACUGACAGGCUGGUCUCCUUUUAUAAAGCCCUGCCACAGUCCAUGGACCCCUUGGACAUUGAGACAGUGGAGUCAGUCAACUGGGGUCUGGAUGUGUAUAACCUGAAGGAGGAUGCUGCUGUCUUCACAGGGAAGAGGGCUCUCAUCUCCUUCCUGUCGUGGCUAGAUUACUGUGACCAACUCAUCAAGGAGGCUCAGAAGUCAGCGGCGGCAGUUAUGGCAAAAGCUGUGAGAGAAAAAUUCUUUGUGUCUGUUAUGGAACCACAGCUCAUGCAGACGUCCGAGGUGGGCAUCCUCACCUCCACUGCCCUGCUGAACAGGAUCAUCAGGCAGGUGACGUCGGAGGCUUUAAUGCAGGAGAUGAUUUACUUCUUGCUGGGAGAGGAGAGGGAGCCAGAGACUCAAGCCACUAUGGCUCAGAAUCCACUCAGACACAGACUCAUUGAGCACUGCGACCACCUGUCAGAUGAGAUUAGCAUCAUGACGCUGAGGCUGUUUGAGCAGCUGAUCCAGAAGCCCAACCAGCACAUCCUCCAAAGCUUGUUGCUGCGUAGCCUGGAAGAGAGGAACUACCUGGAGAACAAACCACAGGAGGAGCGGGAGCCCUUGGAGAACGGGCAGCCCCAUGAUGCUGUAGACCUUGAGGAGGAUCCACUGUUUGGGGAUGACCUCUCUCCAGACAGCCGGCUGUCUGGUUCGGAUUGGCUCAGCUCCUCACCCCCACAGAGUCCUGACCACUCAAAGUGUGACGGGAAGACAGAGGUCCACAAAAUUGUCAACAGUUUCCUGUGUUUGGUGCCGGAUGAGGCAAAGUCAUCUUAUCAUGUUGAAGGCACAGGCUAUGACACCUACCUCAGAGAUGCCCACAGACAGUUCAGGGACUAUUGUGGGGUCUGCCAGCGGUGGGACUGGAGGGGAAAUCCAAAGCCGCUGGAGAAGUGUAACUUGGACAGCCCGUUCUUCGAGGGCCACUUCCUCAAGGUCCUCUUCGACAGGAUGGGCCGCAUCCUAGAUCAGCCGUACGAUGUCAACCUGCAGGUGACCGCUGUGCUGUCCAAGCUGUCUAUGUUUCCACACCCCCACCUGCACGAGUACCUGCUGGACCCUUACAUCAACCUGGCCCCUGGCUGCAGGUCUCUGUUCUCCGUCAUCGUCCGGGUGGUGGGAGAUCUCAUGCUGAGGAUUCAGCGCAUUCCAGACUUCACACCCAAACUGCUGCUUGUGAGGAAGAGACUAUUGGGUCUGGAGCCGGAGGGCAUCAACAUCGAUCACAUGACUCUGCUGGAGGGAGUGAUCGUACUGGAGGAGUUCUGCAAAGAGCUGGCAGCCAUCGCCUUCGUCAAAUACCACGCGGCUGCCGCCUCCUCACCGUAAUCGUCCUGCUGUUCAUCCGUCUGCCUCAGCCAGGCAGACGUGUUGGGAAGAAACUGAGCCUUUGGGGUGUGGUGGGGCUGGUGUCACUGGAUUGGCAACACAGUACCACGAACAGCCCAUCCCCGCAAGGCAAGACUGGUAAAGCCCGCUCGGACGGGUUCAUGGCUCCCCCUCUUCUGGCCUCUCGGGCUCCACUAUGAAAAAAAAGAAAAAGUCUUUGGCUUGUUUUUGAGAAGGUCAGAGCACCAACACUGCCCAGCCAGCAGAGGAACAAGAGGAGGAGGAUCGAGGUGGAGGAGCAGAGAGAUGGGCACCGGACGUUUUGUCAGCCUCUGCCUUUACUCUCCCUCCUUCAUCCUUUCUUUCUCACCAGCCAAAAGAGAACCCUGGAAUUAUUCUAUCAUGGA